AAACACGUGAGACACACGAGGAAAGAAAGAGGAAGAUUCUACAAUCACUGAGACGACGACGUCUGAGAGGAACAAGAGCUCUUUCAACACUCCAACACUCGUCAGGGCGACACCACAGACUCCAGAGACUCCAGGGACACCAGAGACCCCAGAGACACCAGGGACACCAGGGACACCAGAGACACCAGAGACACCAGAGACUACAGGGACACCACAGACUCCAGGGACACCAGACUACAGGGACACCAGGGACACCACAGACUCCAGGGACUCCAGGGACACCAGAGACUACAGGGACACCAAGGACACCACAGACUCCAGAGACUACAGGGACACCAGGGACACCACAGACUCCAGGGACACCAGAGACACCAGAGACUACAGGGACACCAGGGACACCAGGGACACCAGAGACUACAGGGACACCAGGUCACCAGGGAACACGAGAGACAUUAGGGAAGUUUAUUCACCAGCAGGAAGUUUACCUGAGCAAACACUGAAGAUUUCACAACAGGAUUUGUGCCACACGCGUUGUUCUCACAACUUGAAUCCGGCACAAGAUCCCGAGGAGCCCCCAAUCGUCCGAGGUGUAGGCCACUCUCCUUCGCUGCAUGGACCCUCGCCGAGGUCCACACUGAGCGAGGCGUACCAUCAUUCAGGAAACAUGGAGAAUGAACAACAUUGUGAGGUAGAGGCCAAGAGAAAACAAAGCAAAGAGCAGCUUCUCCUUCCUCACUCACCACCCACCCCGCCCUUCACAAAGUGUCGCUGACUCUUCUGCUCUGGGCUUCAACAACCACAUCAAACACCGUCGCCCCCUGAACAACAACAACUGAGACCCAAAGGAUCUGAUAUGGAAUGACUGCUCGGACACGAGCAACUGCCUAGAUAUACAGUAUAUUAGGAAUGCAGCAAAGGGAAUAUUGUUGGCCGAAAACUGAAACCAAAACACAGAAAGAAAUGAUUCUGCCAAUUCUGUACCAUGUUCUUUUUUAAUGUAAUUGUGUUCUUAUGGUUGGGACUGAGUUUACUUACCUCACUAAAGUCAAGGCUUUGCAAUUAUAUAGAUUAAUAUUCAAAGAAUAAAUUCAUUAUUAAGAAUUUAUGAACAAUAUUUAGGAGGAUUUCAUGAACAUAUCAGACCAGCCUUUUUUCUCUUGUCUGUAUCCAACGCAGCCUGGAUCAUUUCUCUCCGCGCUAUGAUCUUUAUGACGAGGAUGGAGUUCAGUUGCCAUGAAGAGGAUCUGAGUGAAUGUCGCAGGGAGUUCAUAAUCUGCCCUAUCGUUGUCUUCAGAGGACAGAUCUUGUCUCAGAGGACAGAACAUGUCUCAGAAGACAAUGUCUGCUGUUGCUGAUUCACCCAAAGACAAGUAUUAUGGGGUGUGGAUGAUCUUCUUUCUUCUUGGAUUGGGGACUCUACUGCCGUGGAACUUCUUCAUGACUGCUACCAUGUACUUCACAAGUCGUCUGAAAGAAACCACACCCAUGGAUUCAUCAGCCAAUCAGACGGAGGCAGCAGCUGAACAUCGCAGCAUUCUGGAGGAGAAAUUUAAUAAUGUGAUGACUCUGUGUGCGAUGAUGCCUCUGCUGCUGUUCACCUGUCUCAACUCUCUACUACACACUCUAGUGUCUCAGCGUCUGCGUGUCAUGGGUAGUUUAGUCAUCAUCAUGUCCGUCUUCAUGGUCACCACUGUCCUGGUUAAAGUUCCUCUGGAACCGUUACCAUUCUUCAUCAUCACUAUGGUGAAGAUCGUCAUCAUCAACUCCUGUGGGGCGGUGUUACAGGGCAGUCUCUUUGGGAUGGCAGCUUUAUUGUCUGGUUCUUACACGACUCCGAUCAUGAGCGGUCAAGGACUCGCUGGAACCUUCGCUGCCUUCGCAAUGAUCUGCGCCAUCGCAAGUGGAUCUGAACUAAAUGAAGCAGCAUUUGGUUAUUUCAUCACAGCCUGUGUCGUUGUUUCUUUGUCUCUGCUCUCAUAUGUGCUGCUGCCGAGACUGGAAUUUUUUCAGUUUCAUCAGGAAAGAAACAGAAAACAGAGGACGACAAAAGACCAGGACGGAGACAACAGUGUCCAUCUGAUGAACACAGAAAGUAAAGAUGAAGCAGUUUCUCAAACCAGACAACAAAACAUCUCCAUGGUGACAAUAUUUAAAAAGAUCUGGAAGUUGGCGCUGUGCGUCUGUUUCACAUUCACCGUCACCAUCGGAACUUUUCCCGCCAUCACGGCCGACACCAAAUCAACACUCGCCAAUGGAGACUCAUGGGAAAUGUAUUUCAUCCCCAUCAGCUGUUUCCUGCUCUUUAACCUGAGUGACUGGGCUGGGCGGAGCUUAACAGCUGUUUGUAUGUGGCCAUCAAAGGACAGCGUGUUACUUCCUGUGGGGAUAGUGUGUCGCCUGGUGUUUGUUCCUCUCUUCAUGUUGUGUAACGUCCAGCCGCGUGUUCACCUGCCCGUCUUCUUCCACCACGACGUCUUCUUCAUUGUCUUCAUGCUCGUCUUCGCCUUCACUAACGGAUACUUGUCCAGUCUGUGUAUGUGCUAUGGACCCAAGAACGUUCUUCCUCAUGAGGCAGAAACUGCCGGCACCAUCAUGGCUUUCUUUCUGUCUCUGGGUUUAGCUUUGGGAGCAGCACUGUCCUUCAUCUUCAGAUCUCUGGUCUGAAAGAAAACACAAAUGUUCAUUUAUCUGAAAAACAUCUGAUAUUCAUAUAAACAAAUGUCUUAUCUUCAUAUAAACAAACGUCUGAUAUUCAUAUAAACAAACGUCU